AUGCAAUACGGCCUCUUCUACACAGGACACGAUAGAAAGGUGAUCUCCGUGUCGCCCCCCUGGUCCAACACCCUCACGGUCUGGGCCCUCCAGGAGCGCUUCUCCGCCCUCCUCCUCGAGUUCGGCCACGGCCCGGGGUCGCUCUUCGACCAGAUCAUCAACCAGCCACCGGAUAUCGCGGUCCACCCGGAAGUAGAUUGGGAUGCCGAAGUUCGGCUCGGAGAAGACUUGUGCAUCGCUGAGCGCGCGUUCCUUGGGGAGCGUAAGCGCAAGAUGCGGGUAGCAUUCGCCAGCCUCAUGGGCGUUCCUGAGAGCGAGGUGGACGAACGUGAUCUACCUAUCGUCGCCAUCGCUGGUUCCGGGGGAGGAUUCCGAGCGUGUCUCAACACUCUUGGCUCUCUGAAAGCUGCUCAGUCCACCGGGAUCUUCGACUGUGUCACUUACACAGCUGGAGUGUCUGGCAGUUGCUGGGCACUGGGCAUCCUAUAUUCGGGUGUCGCUGGUUCUCACUCGCCAGUGGAUGCUGCAGCUCACGCGAAGGAUCGGCUGAAGACCAGCUAUCUCGACAUGAACACGCUCGACAAUUUGAUCAAUGCACCCACGAAUAGCUACCUUCUGGAAGGGAUUUUACGAAAGACCGCAGGAGUGAAGAGCAUGGUGUCGCUGGUCGACCUCUAUGGGACACUUAUCUCUUCCAGGCUAUACGUACCGUCGGAACUCGACCGCCUCGAUCCUCGUCAUCUCUCCAUGCACUUCUUCCGUCACCAUAUAGACGACGGAACCUUGCCCCUUCCCAUCUUCAGUGCUAUCCAACAUGUGACUCCACCGGAGAAAGCUGCUGCGCUGUAUGAAGUGGAAGGCAAGCAGGCUGUGACUCUCAGUCCCCGGAAAUCGAAGGCUCUCGGCGAAGAACACGACCGGCUCGCGCAGACCGUCCGCUGGCUGUGGUACGAGUUCACUCCAUACGAGGUUGGAUGUGAUGAGAUCGGAGCUUGGAUACCAUCUUGGGCACUUGGACGAUCAUUCAUGAAUGGCAAGAGUCUAGAGCGAUCGCCAGAGCUAAGCUUCUCAAUCCUCACUGGGAUAUUCGGCUCGGCGUUCUGCGCCUCGCUGAAGCACUACUUCCGCGAAGUUGAGCCGAUGCUCCACGUGUUACCAGUACAGCUGUACACAUGGCUGAAAGACGUCGUCACCGAGAACGAACAAGACCUGGGUCUCAUCCAUCCGGUCUUGCCGAACCAGCUUCCGAACUUCCUGAAGGGUCUCGUUGGUCAGCUUAGAUUCGAUAGCCCGCCGUACAUCACUGAGCAAGAUACUCUAAGCUUCAUGGACGCUGGAGCUGAACUCAACAUACCCUACUACCCCUUCUUGCGCCGUAAUGACCUCUGGUUCACUCGCGCGGAAGAACUCGCUAUCAAGCGCGGCCUGACGACGUGGCCCCGCGGUGCGACGUGGCCGUCCCGCGUGGUUGCGGCCGACGGCUCCAAGCCCAGCCCCGGUGUUCCCCAGUACGAAGCCUCCUCUGCCGCAGAGGCAAACCGCAAGCUCGCCGAAACGCAAGAAUCCGCGCUCGCGAAGCAGACGGAGAAGCACGGCACGACCGCCUCUGAGGAGAUGCACGACAUGCCCUCCGACGACCGCCCGCCGUGCGAGGUCUGGAUCGGGUCCUCAAAGGCGCCUGACGACGACGGCGCGCGCUCGGCGCGGCUCGACGAGCUCGACGAGGCCGCACUGCUCGCGCGCGACGGGAUCGCGGUCGUCUACGUCCCGCUCGCGCCGAACGCGGCGCGCGUGCCCGGCUUCGACCCCGCCGCGGUCUCGACGUGGGCGCGCGAGGUGGGCGAGGCGGAGAGCCAGGCGCUGCUCGACGUCGCUGAAGCGAACUUCGAGGAGAGCCGCGAGAAGAUCGUGCGGCUCCUGCGUGCGGUGUGGAUGCGGAAACGGAUGGCGCGGCGCCGAGCGGAGUGGGAGGCGCAGUUGGGGAAGCUGCGGGAACGGUUGGGUACGCAUAUGCAGUAG